AUGGCUGCACACGCAUUCCUCCUCUGCUCCCUCGCCUUGCUGUGCGCUCUCAGCCGGCCUGGGCUCUCCCUCUCUGAGGACGAGUUGCAGCCGGGACUCAUCUAUGAAGAAGUGCCUGAAAUCCUGGACAGAAGCAAAGAGAAUCCCAAACAAGCAACAAGAGUCACAUCAAGUCAAGAUGGUGGGUACGGCUUAGAAAGUGAAGAGGUUAUUUUGACGCCUGAAGAUGAAAACCCACUCAGGAGAAUACUGCAGCCUUUUAACUGGCAUCAUCCAGGGAUGUCUCACAGUAAGAGGAAGCUUCUCCAGUCUCUGAUGGGGCCUUACGGCCCUCUGAGUGUGUCUUACAAUGGGAAGACCUGCAUUCUGUUCAAGGCAAAGCGCCUGGCAAUCCGCUACAGAAACCAUACCUUUAUUGAUCUGACCGAGAGGGUCUUUAACCCCAGCUCACCUGUGGACACUAAAGGAUCCAUCUGCACCAAGGAGAAAGCUACGCUGUCAUUAAGGUUUGGUGAUGUCGAGGAUUUGCGAGGUCUAGUAAUCAGGCUUCAGAUGUCCAACACUUUUUAUGAGGCAGCUGGUCAAAACUGGUUUACACUAGACAGCGUUCACAUCCACUACAACUGGACCCAGGAGGCUACAUUCAACGCCAGCGAGGUCUACGCUCCUGCCACUUCAUCCUAUCAUUGCCAGCACGUCAGCAGCCUGCACAAAUAUGACACCCUGCUAGUGCCCAGCUCCCACACUGACACAUCCGCUAACUGGCACAUCACUUUCACUGAUUUCCAGAUACAGGCCUUCAAUGUGCAGUCAGACAAGUUUGCGUCAGCCAGUGACUGUGCCACUUUCCUGACGCCAGCCAUCCUGAUGGGCUUGGUGACAUCUUUGAUCCUGCUCCUUGUCUUAGCCUAUGCCCUGCACAUGGUGGUACACCUUAAGCACAUUGACCGCUAUGAGGAACACAAAGCUACUGUCUACUUUCCCCGUAGUCCAGAGGCCGAGUUGCCGGACAAGAACAGCCUGUGA